GCAUGUUGAGAUUGACAGACACUUCAUCAGCGAGAAGAUAGAGAGCAAUGUUAUCGCACUAAAACAUGUUCCAUCUAGAUAUCAAGCGGCAGACAUUCUCACAAAGGCACUCUUUCGACCAAACUUCAUUGAACUAAGUUCAAAACUUGGUUUAAUGAGUAUAUACCAGCUAGUUUGAGGGGGAGUGUAGAAAUUCAAACAAGUCGGCUAUAUAGGGCAAGAAUAAUAGUUUCCUAUUUUUGUGGAUCUAGAAUAUCUUGAGAUCUUAUUUGAUAUAUAUGUAUAGCACUAUAUUUAUUUCCUUAAGUAGGAGUAGUCUCUAGAAAUCAUGAUCAAUUCAAAGGGAUCCUUGUGUAUAAAUAUACCCGAAUUCUUCAUAAUAAACAAGUGAGAUAAUUCCAAUUCUGAUCUCCUUCAAUUUGUGUGUUUCUUCUUCAUUGAUUUUGCUCGUUUUCACUUUUAUAUUCUUUGGUUUAUUCAUUUGACAACCCAAGACUCCAUGAAAAUGGCAUUUUAACCCCAAACAUUUUCAAUUUUAAAUCUCUCUCAUAGUUCCUAUAAUAAAAAAUCAUUCAAAAUUGACCUGAAAAAUAGAUUAAAUAUAUAGUAAAAAAAGAUUUCACUAUAAACUUGAUUGUUAUGAUUUUCAAUUCAAUUGUCCCAAAUGGACGAGGGUUCUUGCCUCUUGGGUGUAUCUUUGAAUUUAAUACAAAUGGAUGGUAUUCUUCAUAUUUGCACCUAAUCCUAUAUGCAAAAACUGUUGAGGUCCGUUAUUGAAUGCUAGCUAGCUGGCUGGCUACCCAAGACUUUUGAAGUAUAUUUUGUACCAAAGUAUAUAUACAGAGAGUUUGUACUUCCUUUUUGUGUUGGGAAUUCAACAUUAAUUGUUUCUCUGUGAGCACAUAAUAUUAGUGUAUGAAAUAGCAGAAAUACAGUCCCAAAUAAAGAUAGAAAAAACAUAGAAAAACAAGGCCCAACCAGCAUAAGCCACAUCAAGAGUGAAAUAGCUUGAGAUAGAAAGAGAGAGCUGCGCCCUUGGAUCUCCUCGGAAUCCGUCCGCUGUUAUCUGAGGAUUGAUUCAUCUGUCCAUGGCUCUGGUUGGGCAUCCACUCUUACUUCUUCUGAUCUCCUCCUCACUUCUAUGCCUCACCCAUGGUGGGAGGGAGAGUUUCUGGAGGGAUAAAUACCCAUUCAUAAAAUACGCUGGCUCGUACUCUUCCUCCGGGGCAUCCUCGCCGUCGGCGUCAAACGCCGCCGUGGGUGGCAGAAGCAAGGAGUACGAUUACAUCAUAGUGGGCGGCGGGACGGCGGGGUGUCCCCUUGCGGCGACUCUGUCGGAGAAGUUCAGUGUUCUGUUGCUGGAGAGGGGCGGGGUGCCGUUCGGGAACUCAAACGUGUCGUUCUUGGAGAACUUCCAUAUUUCGCUGGCGGACACCUCGCCGUCGUCGGCAUCGCAGGUGUUCGUCUCCACCGACGGGGUGUACAAUUCGAGGGCGAGAGUUCUCGGGGGUGGUACCGCCAUUAAUGCUGGCUUCUAUACUAGAGCUAGCCCAAGUUUUAUCAAGGAAAUGGGAUGGGAUGCAAAUGUAGUGAAUGAAUCCUACCCUUGGGUAGAGAAGCAAAUUGUACACAAACCAAAGGUGACAUCUUGGCAACAGGCCUUCAGGGACGGUCUCCUGGAAGCCGGCGUUUCCCCUUUCAAUGGCUUCACAUACGAUCACAAGUACGGAACAAAGGUUGGCGGGACAACCUUCGACAGGUUCGGCCGCCGCCACACCGCUGCCGAGCUGCUCUCCACGGCCAACCCGAGGAACCUCGAGGUUCUCGUCUUCGCCACCGUGCAAAGGAUCGUGUUCGACACGUCGGGAAAGAAGCCGAGGGCGAUCGGGGUGACCUUCCGGGACGAAAAUGGAAAUCAACACCAAGCCUUUCUUUCAAGGAAGCAAGGGAGUGAGGUUAUAGUGUCAAGUGGGGCCGUAGGCAGUCCUCAGCUUUUGUUGCUGAGUGGGAUCGGACCAAAGGCUGAGCUGGAAAGGCUGAAAAUUCCGGUGGUGUUUGAUAAUGAAAACGUGGGGAAGGAGAUGGCCGAUAACCCUUUGAACACAAUCUUUGUUCCUUUGAAACAUAAUGUUCCGCCAUCUCUUAUACAGACAGUGGGAAUCACUAAGGUGGGAGUGUACAUUGAGGCUAGCAAUGGGUUUGGGCAGUCCCAAGAUAGCAUUCACUGUAAUCAUGGUAUCACUUCAGCAGAGAUAGGACAACUUUCAACCAUUCCUCCAAAGCAAAGAACAAAUGAAGCAAUUGAAGCUUUCAGGCGCAGCAAGAAGAAUCUCCCCCAUGAAGUAUUCAAGGGAGCUUUCAUACUAGAAAAGCUUGCACGACCCUUAUCAAGAGGACAUCUUAUGAUAAAAAACACCAAUGUUGAUGACAACCCUUCUGUCACAUUCAAUUACUUCAAUCAUCCUGAAGAUCUCAAGAAAUGCGUGGAUGGAAUCCGCAUUGUCGAGAAGAUCGUGAAGUCCAAACGCGUCACAAACUACGCACAGUGCGAUAAGGACACACUCGACAAGUUGCUCAACAUGAGUGCCCAGGCUAACGUUAACCUCAUACCUAGGCACACAAAUGAUUCUCGGUCUCUUGAACAGUUCUGCAAAGAUACUGUCGUCACAAUAUGGCACUACCACGGUGGAUGCCACGUGGGGAAGGUCGUCACACCUGAUUAUCGAGUUCUCGGUGUCAAUAGAGUCCGCAUUGUUGAUGGCUCCAUCCUCUCCGAAUCUCCGGGAACAAAUCCUCAAGCCACCCUCAUGAUGAUGGGCCGGUACAUGGGGGUGAAGAUAUUAAGAGAGAGAUUAGGAAAAUAAAUCGUGGUGGUUUGCAGAGAAACUUACACAUCUGGAGGGGGCGUCUUGAGAAGAGGUCUGGAAGAGCUUAGAGUAAUCUAGUCUGAAACUCAGAUUAUUGACUUUCGAAACUGAGACCUUUCGUAAAGGAGAGUGAGUCACGACCACUUGGGCUAGAUCGCUUCCUCAUACUGAUGAAUUACAUAUUCAUUAGUGAUAGAUGCUUCAACAUAAGUAUAAGUAUAAGAUAUGGUCCAUAACGAAUUACGAAUAAAAAAUCCUCAUUGUGGACGGUCUAAAACCCCCACCAUUUAGCUCAUUUUGUUGGAGUCGUCUUCUAAGAAAUAAAAGUAAGUGUAUGACUUUAUAAGAGUCCGUUUGGUAACACUGAAAUCGGCUGAUUUCGCUGAAACUUAGGAUUUGUUUGGAAGCAGCUGCAAUGACUGAAAAGUCUGAAACGGCCGAUUUUGCUGAAGUGAGAGUGUUUGGUAAUAUGUUAGCUGAAAUGCCUGAUUCAAUGUAAAAUUACCAUUAAGGAUAUUUGCUUAUUUGUGUUAAAUAUAUGGUGUGCACUUUAGUACUAGUAGUAAAUUAUUUUUUCUUGAUUAGGUAAUUAUAUUAGAUUACAUAAUUAAUUGAUUACUUUGAAA